GGGUGGAGUUCUGGAUGACUCCUCUUUUCUUCACUUAAGCACUUGCGGCGCCCUCUACUUAUCUUCCCUCCCCUUUCCCUCCCUCUCCUCCAUAAGACCGUUAUUCCAGAUUUGUGGUGUUGAUCCUCAGUCUCUCCGCAAAACCGCAAUCAUGUGUGGCAUCUUUGCUUGUCAUCGUCAUCCCGACGUCCAGAAGUUCAAGCCGACUGCGCUUCGUCUCUCGAAAGCGAUUCGGCACCGUGGCCCCGAUUGGAGUGGAAGCGUCAUCUCCAACAACACUAUCCUUUGCCAUGAGCGUCUGAGCAUUGUUGGUGUCGAGUCUGGUGCUCAGCCCCUGACCAACGCCGAUGACUCUAUUAUCCUCGCCGUCAACGGUGAGAUCUAUAACCACCGUUCUAUCCGAAAGAACCUCAAGGGAAAAUACCACUUCAAGACCACCUCGGAUUGCGAGGUCAUCAUCCCUCUGUACACCCAGUACGACACCGACGCUCCCAACCACCUCGAUGGCAUGUUCUCGUUCGUCCUGUACGAUAAGAAGCAGGACCGCACUAUCGCUGCCCGCGACCCGAUCGGCAUCACCACCUUCUACCAGGGUUGGUCCUCCAAGGAGCCCGACACCGUCUACUUCGCCUCCGAGCUGAAGUCCCUGCACCCAGUCUGCGACAAGAUCGAGGCUUUCCCUCCUGGCCAUGUCUUCGAUUCCAAGACCGGCAAGACCACCCGCUACUUCAACCCCUCGUGGUGGGAUGAAGCCAAGGUCCCCCAGUCCCCCGUCGACUACAAGGUCCUCCGAGAGGCCCUCGAGAAGGCCGUCCGCAAGCGUCUCAUGGCCGAGGUUCCUUACGGUGUCCUGCUUUCCGGUGGCCUGGACUCUAGCCUGGUGGCCUCAAUCGCCCAGCGUGAGAUGUUGAGGCUGCGCCAGCAAGCCGCCGACAACGAUGCCACCGCUGAUAUGCAGAGCAACCCCGACAUUGGCGAGGGUCUGGUUGGUAUCGACCCUGAGGAUGACCACCUCGACACUGUCACCUACCUUCCCCAGCUCAACUCUUUCUCCAUUGGCCUGCCCGGCUCCCCUGACAACAAGGCUGCCCUCGAGGUCGCCAAGUUCCUCGGCACCCGCCACCACGUCAUGACAUUUACCAUUGAGGACGGUCUCAACGCUCUUUCCGACGUCAUCUACCACCUGGAGACCUACGAUGUCACCACCAUCCGAGCCUCAACCCCCAUGUACCUGCUGUCACGCAAGAUCAAGGCCAUGGGUAUCAAGAUGGUCCUCAGUGGUGAGGGUAGCGACGAGAUUUUCGGCGGCUACCUCUACUUCCACGCCGCCCCCAACAAGGAGGAGUUCCACGAGGAGACUGUCCGUCGUGUCAAGAACCUCCACUAUGCCGACUGCCUGCGAGCCAACAAGUCGACCUCUGCCUGGGGUCUCGAGGCCCGUGUGCCCUUCCUGGACAAGGAGUUCCUCGAGACUUCCAUGAACGUCGACCCCGCGGACAAGAUGAUCACCAAGGAGAGAAUCGAGAAGUACAUUAUCCGAAAGGCCUUUGACACGACCGGCGACCCCGAUGCCAAGCCCUACCUCCCCGACAACAUCCUGUGGAGGCAGAAGGAGCAGUUCUCUGAUGGUGUUGGAUACGGGUGGAUUGAUUCACUCAAGGACAACGCCGAGCUCCAAGUUACCGACGAGAUGAUGAAGAACCCCAAGCCGGAAUGGGGCGACGAUAUUCCCGACACCAAGGAGGCUUACUGGUACCGCUGCAUGUUCGACGAGCACUUCCCCCCGACUUGCGCCGGAACUGUCCAGCGCUGGGCCCCGACCUGGUCCCAGCAGUCGGACCCCAGUGGCCGAGCCAUCAAAACCCACAACGCAAAAUACGAGUCUGCGGUUUAGAGCAGCAACUUGGUUGCACGCAUGUUUUCCCCCGUAUCUUACGUUGGCUACCUCUACCUGCCUGUGGGCUAAAUAAAACCAUCUCUGGAGCCGUUUUCCUUGGAUGAAGAGAAAAGGCGUCUUUGGGUACUGCUUGGAAUGAUGAUGAUGGAAGAAGAAGAAGUAGGAAAAAAGAAGGCGUAUUUUAGUUUCUAGAAUUGCCGUUUAUUAUUGACUUGAGUUUCUUCCAACUGAG